CGGCACCGGUGUCCUGUGUUCACUUCCGUAAACAAGUGGUUUAAUUCCGGUCGUGAACACAUGCGCUAGUCGGGUAGUUCUUUUUCAAAACACUGUAAUAACUGUACAAAAGACAUUCAAAUUGUCCUUAAACCUUCGACUAUUAAUUAGCAUACCGAAUACAGAUGAAACCAUUUCGUCUUUUCCUCUUGAGCUGGAUCUUCUAGCGUAAAGACAGCUAACGUUAGCGUAGCCAAACAAGCGUUAACGUUACUUUUUCUCAUGAGUGCAGGGAAACAUGGAGAUAGACGCUCGGGACUUUUUGAACUCUCCUCCGGUUAAGACCGUCAGAUUUGGAGGCAGCGUUGCGGACACGUUAGCUAAACACAAACAGGGAGACUCGAGUGACUACGAGCUGCUGAAACAUCAGCUGGCUGAUCCUGAUAUAAGGGAUGCUCAGAUCAUCAACUGGUUACAAGAGUUUCGGAAUUCUGUGACCCAGCUGACCAAGGACCAUGAACAGCUCAUCUACACUAUCUUGAGGCUUCCGUGGGUGGGCCGGAGCCCGGCUGUGGUGGAGGAGUACAUGGCCUUCCUGGGGAACUUGGUCUCAGCCCAGACUGUGUACCUGUGCGCCUGCCUCAGGAUGGUCGUCUCCCACUUCACUCCCAAGAGAGUGACCAUCUGUGAAGCGGGGGUGGAUAUCUCUGAUUCAGAUGACGAAGAUGAAAACCUCCCCAGAAACUUUGAUCAGUGUCACCAGGCGCUGCAGCUCAUCACCAGAUACGUCCCAUCCACGAGUCGCUUUCUGAUGCCCAUUCUACACGAGAACUUCCCCUUUAUACAGAAAUCCUCCAGAACACUGGAGUGUUACGUCCACAACGUCCUGAGGGUGACCGUGUACAUGCCGUCAAUUCGACGAGACGUGCUGGAGUUGAUCAUCGGAAAGAUGCUCAAACUGGAUGUGAGUGCGUCCCGUUCAGACAUCGAGGAGGCAGAAGAGAACGCGGUGCAGAACCAGCGGGCGGAGGAACCGACUGAGGAAGGACUCUUUGACAUGGACGAGGACAUGUCGGCAGAUGGUCCCUGUAGGACGACCGUGAUGGCCCACCCGGUGGCUGACAGGCUGGACACUCUCAUGGCGGUUCUGAUGGCUUAUAUCAAGGACUUCUGCCAUGUCAAUGGCUCUCUUAGUGUGGAAAGGACUAAGGAUCUGUACAGAGAUUUGUUGAGCGUGUUUGACAAGCUCAUUCUGCCAACACAUGCUUCCUGCCAUGUCCAGUACACACUCUUUUACCUCUGCAGCUUCAGAGUGGCGUUGGCCGAGGCCUUCUUGGAUCACCUGUGGAAGAUCCUGCAGAGUCCGUCUCAGCCUGCUGUCCUCCGCCAGGCUGCUGCCGGAUACCUGGGGAGCUUCCUGGCCCGGGCCAAGUUCAUCCCUGUGCUCACUGUGCGGGGCUGUCUGGACCUGCUGAUCUCCUGGACCCAUCGCUACAUUGACAGCCAGGACAGCAGCGGCAGGCAGGCCUGCUGCGACAUCAGCCUGCACGGGCCCUUCUACACCGCCUGCCAGGCCAUCUUCUACACACUCAUCUUCAGACACAGAGCCAUGCUGGAGGGCAACAUGAAGAAAGGUCUGGAGUACCUGCAGAGUCUGAACCUGGAGCGGCUGGUGAUGUGUCAGCUGAACCCCCUCAAAGUGUGCCUGCCUGCAGUCACCAGCAUGUUUGCUGCCAUCACCAGGACGUAUCAGGUGGUGUUCUGCUACACCAUCAUAGAGAGGAACAACCGCCACGUGCUGCCGGUGGUCCGCAGCUCUGCCGGGGGGGACAGCGUGACCACCAACACCAACCCUCUGGACAGCUUCUUCCCCUUCGACCCCUACCUGCUCAGGAGGUCCGGUCAUCUGAUUGAGCCUCUGUACCAGGUCUGGGAGGAACUAUCGGAUGCAGAGCAGCUUCCCACCAAAACAGGACAACAGGGCUCGCGGGAGGACGAGGACGACUUCCUGUGUGGGGAGACGCCCCAGACCGAGGGCAUUGUGGGAAUGACACCCAGCUCCUACGACUCAAGCCUCCGCAGCCCGAGCGGCAUGGGUUCCCCCCCCAUCGGCUUCCAGAGACCCUGAUCAUGCACAUUACAUUUCAUUUCUAAAGAUUCAGACACAAACUGGAGAACACACGAGCCAGUCACACUUGAAGAGCUGUGACGGAUCUAUUCAUCCAACAACAGUCAUCUGUGUUAAUAAUGAAUGUAAAAAUUCAGUGUUUUAUUUUCGGGGAAUUAUAGGUUUACGCAAUCAAGACUGAACUUUUUCAAGUUAUGAUCAGUCACAGUUCAGGCCAUGUUGGCGUGUGCAAAAUCUGUGCAGAAACUCAACAAUGGAAGCAACAGUAUCAGUGAGAGACUCCAUAUGUUCAGAGGACUCUACAUAGACUGGUGCAGCAUUAGUCUCUUUGUUCUGCAUGGGAGAGCUCAGUUUGAAUUGAGCUUGAUAAGUUGUUAUAUAGUGUGUGCAGUAAAAUACUGUUUUGAGGCAA